AUUAUAUGUAACAAAGACCCACAUUCUAAUAAGAAGACUAGAUCAUCGUAAUUAACAUAACGGUAUUUAAAAAAUACACUUUCACAAGAUAAAAGAUGAGGGCAACCCGCAGGUUUUAGAUUCUCUAAAAUAGGUUCCUUAGUUUCUUUUCAUUCUCAUUCAGAUCGUUGCACAGUAACAAUGAAUUUCUCGACUUUUGUGCUCUUAAUUGUAGUCUUUAUUAAUCACAGCAGAAUACGUUAUAAAGUCUCAGCAACGACAGAAAAUGUAAAAGUGACACGUAGAUCAUUAGGAAUAACUACCGACAGCGACGACGUUCAAACAUCAGAGAAAGAAAUCUCUCAGAUGGAUAUAUAUUCGAAACAAAACUUGAUAAAAUUACAAGAAUUAGAAAGAAUUGCGAAUACAGAAUUUGACGGUUCAAAUAGAAAAUCUAAAAUUUUAAGAAGUUUAGCUUUUCUAGCUGGUUUAAGUGUCGGUGGUUUAGCAGGUGCAGCAUCAUCCGAUAUAAAAACCUAUACUAAAUUGCCACCGUUAAGUGUGAACGUCGAUGCUUCUCGAAUUUCACCUCAAGUCGCUGCAAUUUAUGAUCCUUAUCCUUAUGUGUCAUAUCCUUCUAUAUUUGCCACUUCUUUAGGAGUUUAUCCGUUUUGGGAUUUACUACGAUUACUAUCAACCAAUGGAUUAAAAUUCAAUCCGCUAAACAAUAAUGAUGAGUGUGUACAAGAAGCACAGAAAAUUGAGAGCAUCAGAGCACCGAGCAACGCUGAUAGUGACAAGAAUAAAGAAUCGGAAGUGAAAAACGAUCGAAACGUGGAAGAAAAGAUGGCAUCACCUAGUAUUGUAUGCAUUAUGCAAAAAAGAGUUAAUGAAAAACAAAGCUCGGUGAAAAAUGUUAUCAAAAAAAAUAUUAAUGAUUUGUCAGCGACCUCAGGACGACAAUCUCUAAAUAAAACAACUUCGACGAAUACUACGCAAAAUUCAACGACGGAUAAUCAAACAAAUCCACCAUCUUAUGGUUAUUACUACGGUGGAUAUCCACAAAACAUAAAUCACAUCGAUGUGACUACAAAUUCAUAUGAAUAUCCAUAUCACGAUUACGAACAUAUUAAUUAUAAUUUACCUCCCUAUGAUAAACCAGAGAAUUUUUAUUCAGAUAAAUAUCAUUAUUAUCCUGUUCCUGUUGAUUCUUAUCCGUCAAGUCAAUUUCACCAAGAACGAAUUCCUGGAUACUUGCCUGGUGAUUACAAAAAAUUCUUGUAUACUUCAGAUAAUAUACCACCAGUAUACACCAACAGUGAUUUUAGACCUCUGGUGUAGGGAUACUGUAUUCACUGCGUAACCAUGUAAAACAUGUUUAUAACAAAAAUGAUAAAUAAAACUUUUUACUUGCAAAUUAUUAAAAUAAUUUUUACGAAAUAUUUUACAGCAUGUAACUAAGCAUUUUAUUCAAUUAAAUAAAAGGAUUAUUUCUAUUAAUAGUAAUAGCACAGAUGAGAUAUACGAAACAUAGAAGGCUCAUAUAUUUCAUCUGUGGUAAUAGUAGUAGAGUAAUAUUGUUAAUAGAAAUAAUUACAUUCUUCAUGAUUAACAAUGUUAUUGACUAUCUAUAACGCUGGAUAUAUUAAUAAUUGCGGAUUGCUUUAUUAAACUGUUUCUCUGACAAACAUAUUGCCUUAUA